AGAGCCUACUUUGAAUGUAACCAGCCAGUCCGCGCUCGCGCCCCGCCGCGGUUGCAUGACAGUUCCUAAUUCAAAUUACGCGAUUCAAACGUUUGAAAAAGUUCGAUGUUUUGUUUUUAAAACUUCAACAGUGUUUGUAAAUAAUAUGAGUGCAGUGUUGUGACAAUCGAAAGGAGGUUUUUCUGUGUUGAGGAUUGAAAGUACAUGCUGAGUGGGGGCUGCGAUGGCGGCCGACGAUUGCCGCCAGCUGCGCCUGCUGCUGUGGAAGGACUACCUCAUACGGAAACGGAAACUGAUCACGCUCGGCGGCGUCGUGUGGGCCACAUUAGUAGUUUUAAGUUUGUACAUUGUUAGAGCCAACAUCGACAAUCAAGACUUUCCGACAUGCCAGUUCCCGGCGCGCGCGCUGCCCAGCGCCGGCAUGCUGACGUUCCUGCAGUCCUUCAUCUGCAGCGUCGGCAACCAGUGUUCACCCAUGGAGGAGUACCAGGAGAUACCGCUCUAUGAGAACUCCAGACUGACCCAGCUCCAGCGCCAUUUCUCCCCUCUGCUCCGGAACUCCUCCAUCCUGGCCACCGCGGCCGCCGUGCCCGACGCGCUGCGCCUGCUGGGGACGGUCACCGUGGCCAUAGACGAGCCCCGGUUCUUGGAUAUUGUCCGAAUUGGAAACUCCCCCCUACCCCCUCUCCUCCGGAACUCCUCCAUCCUGGCCACCGCGGCCGCCGUGCCCGACGCGCUGCACCUGCUGGGGACGGUCACCGUGGCCAUAGACGAGCCCCGGUUCUUGGAUAUUCAUAUUGUUACAGAUAACGGUUUGAGAGUGAAGGAUUUAUUCGUGGACCCGGCGCGAGUGAGGCGCGACACGCUGCUGACCAUAUUCAACCUGUCUGAGGAAGACGCUGAUAGUAUAAUGCAGGCGGAAAUUAGCUUCCAAGGUAUAUUCAAAGGAAGUUUGAACAGAUGCGACCCGGCCUCGCUCUCCAGAGUGCUGCUGGUGGCGCCAUCUGUCACGGAACUAAUGUCCAACAAACUGUGCCCGUUGAAUAGCAAGGAGUUGCAGGACAUCCUUGUGGGGUUGUUGUUGGAAGUGGACUAUAGCAAGUAUAUUAAAAUGAUAGGCCAAAUGUACUCCAAGCUGAACGGCGACACCCGUAUCCUGGAGCUGGCAGACACAUUGACAGCGGCCCUGCGCCUCACGCAGCUCGACAGCUUCGUGCCGCCAGAGGUCGCCGCUCUCUUCGCGGGGCAGGCCGGGGGACAGUUCAGAUAUUACAACUUGACUAUCUUUUCGCACCUCUUUGUUUUUAUUAAAUUUUCCAGUAUAUCAAAACUGCUAGACCGUUUUGAGCCAAUAUUCAAAGACACUGAAGCUUUCCGUUCAGUCCGAAGCUUAUCCGACGCAGGCAUCUCCGGAGCCCAGUGGUUAUACAAGAUAUUCUCCCGACAAACGAAUAACAACUCUGUGGAAGAGGCCACAGGGUUGGUUAUACAACAACUCGAUGGGAACAUAAAGUUGGACGGUGUGGAGAGAUUGUCCAGUGUGUUUAAGAAGGCGGUUGAUGCCUUUGGGAAUGGAUUGGAGAGCAGCGUUUCUUUAGAAGAAGUUUUUCAAGCGCUCCCAAAAGUAGCCAACUUCGUUCUCCGGUGGUUGUCCAAGGAAAUGAAACACACCAUCCUGUUCUACUCCACCUUGCUAACGAAGCUCAUAGAGGGCGCUCAUAAGGUGAUCCUAAACAACAUGUCAGUGGAACAAAUAGCGUACAACGUGAGCGCGCGGCACCCGGCCGGCGUGAGGGCGCUAGUGCUGCUGCCGCCGCGGCUGCUGGCCAAGGCUUUUGAUGGGCUGGCUGAUGCUGAUCGGACUUUGAUCCUAUCCUCCAAGCUCAACGCUCCCGGCUCCAUGUUCUGCGACGCGGGCCGCCUGCAGCGUUUCUUCCAGAGCACUAAAGAGGAGGCGGCCUCGGCGCGGGACGCCCUCUGCGUCGACCCGUGGAGGGAUUAUGUAGUCGACUUGAUACAGUCGCUGGGGAUACUGGAUGUUAAGGUCAAUAUAAACUCAAUGGCGUCCCUCUUAAUCCAAGAGACGCUCGGCAAAGACACGACAGACCAGCUCUACCCCAUAGACAAGAUGUUCCAGGAGUCCUACUCCCUGAUCCAGGACAUUCAGAACCUAGGCACCAAACCCAAGAGUUCUUUAGACUGGAACAAGGUGCUGGGAGUGGCAGAGGAUUCGGAGUUUAUGAAGAUUGUUAGGAAGAGACUUAGCCACGGGUCGCAGGUUUUAAUAACAGUCCACGGCUCCCUAGCAAAAGAAGUGAUCAAACAAAACACGAUCCUCGACAUCAAGAUCACCCCGAUCCUGCUGUCUCUCUCCCGCCUCGUGGCCGCGUUUAACUCGGAGCUGGCAGCCGCUGACAGGCAGAUGCUGACAGGGUUUAAGACAGCGUACCCAGCCGUUGUGGAGGCUUUGUUGAAGACGUUCUUGGAUGAGAAGAAGACCUACAGAUUCCUAUCAACCCACGCGCCGACAAUGUUCUGCAACGGCACUCAAACCGCCGCUGCCUACAUCGAGGUGCCUCCAGUGGGGGCCGAGGACCUGGUGACAGCACUGUGUGGCAUGACAAGACAGAUCGAGCGAGGGUUGAGGACAGACAGCUUUGUGGGGAAGGCUCUGAAAGCUCUACAAUCGACGCCCCAAAGUGCCUUCGGCGAGGUCCCCUGGACAGCCCUCAUCAACGGGCUCCGAGACCUCUACACCACCCUGAACACAGACUACACCUACAUCUUCCAUUUCGCUACGUUCAACAUGGAUGACGGCACACAGAGUAGAGUGAAGGAGUUGUUGGAAGAGACGAAGGAGUUUUGGUUUGGGAGAGGUCGGUUGGCGAAGAGUUUGCAGUUGAGCAUCAACGUGUUAUUCCGGGUGCUGGAUGUCAUAGACCGGGAUAUCUUCAACCUCACCAACGAGAUCUGGCUCAAAAUCAAAUACACCUUCAACUCAGCCCGCGGACUACUGGUCAUUACUGAUGAAGUAUUCAAGAUGAUUACUGCUCUAACAACCCAAGACUCGUCCUACGCUCCCGGCCUCCCUGCCUCCACCGCCGCGGCGCUGACCAUGGUGCUGCCGAACCUACCCAGGCUGGUGGUGGACGCAGUGGAUCUGGUGGUCAGGGGGGAUACUGAUGUGACAGCAAUCAUCAGCACCCUGACCGCCACGCCCCCCUGGCCGUGCACCUCGCUCGCCCCCGCGCUGGGGGUGUCGGCGGGGGCGCGGGGGGCGCUGCGGGGGGCGGAGGCCGUGCUGUGCGGGGACCAGGCGUUCUUAGAUGAGUGGAGCGGGUAUGAACCGGCUCAGCUGUUGAAGAGGAUUACUAAUCUAGAAAAGGCAAACACAACGAAAUACCCACCACACGUGUUCCUCACAUUCUCCUCAAACUUCGAUGCACUGAUAGAAGACGCUGACAACUUGAGGGUGGUAUUGGAAACUGUGUUCAAAGACAACAGCACUAGUGUCGAGAACCCAACGAUCAUGACCGCCUGGAGUUAUGCCGUACAAGUGUUCAAUCGAAGCGAUCGGGAUGUUAUAUUCAGAAACUUCUUCACCAAACUCGACACAGUGCUCAACGCGGUCAACACCACCACUACUGACGUCCGAGACUCUUCACCCCUGAACAUCCUGUGGGAAGACCUGCUGAAGUGCGGGUUCACCCAGCCACAGUGUCGUGGUCUAGCUAGAGCUGUCUGGCAGAGAACUGUGGAGUUUGUUUCGGUCUUUGUGGAGAGUGUUGCUGUGGAUCUGAGGACUUACUUUGAGGAGAUUAAUGAGCCAGACGCGAACAUAAUCCAACUCCUCGGCUUCACGCGCGGCACGGGGCUCUAUGUACUCUAUGAGAAGAUGGCGGACUUCGCAGCCGUAUUGUUACACUCCUACUGGGACUACGGGUUCAUGAAUCAGGUCCGCCGCGCCUCCAAAACCCAGUUCUGGGACUGCGACUCUCUCGUGGACUCUCUCGUCAUCCCCCCUGACAGCGCCGUGUCAGCCGCUGACCUGCGCCGGGUCAGGCCCUACGUGUGUCCGUCGCUGCUGUACUGGGUGUCUCUGCCGAGGGGGGAGAAUAGGCUGCUGGAUGUCGUGUCUAAGCCGCAAUACUACUUCUACACAAUGCAAGCCAAAAACCUGACAAGUAGAUACGAAGGCGCUUUCAACGAAUACCUCACACUCACUGAACUUCUGAAGGACAUAUCCAACCAGAACAAAACUAAACUCAUCACCAAAGAAGAUAUCAACAUCAAAUCUAUUGAAAACAAAGUUAUCACAUUCGUUGAUUCAGUUUUAAACUAUAAGAUUAACGAAACUGAUCCAUCGUAUCGCCUCUUCAACGAAGUAAACAAAAAACAUUUCCUUACUUCGAUAUAUUUGACCAGAGUUGUCACAAUCAUACACAAAAUCCAAUCUGCUUUAGAGAAAAUCAAAGUAGCAGAUAUAACUACAGACAAACCAGAGGAUGAGGUUAAAAAAAUCGAUGCAGCACUUCAAAUUAUUCAGAAGAAAUUCAAAAGGCGUCCAGCCGAAGCUAUUGGGCUACAUUUCGAUGUACUAACAGAUGUUAUAUGGAAUACAGAUGAUAAUUAUACAAUAACAGCUGCCAUACGGAACAUGUGCAAAGAUUUGGCUGUAAAGUCUUCAGUUAAUAUUAUUUUAGCUGACGGAAAACGGUUCAUAGCGCAAAUAUGUUCGAAGCCUUAUGAAACGAUUUAUGAAGCUAUUGAAGAAGAUAUAGUUGAUGAUAUAGAGGCGGCGAAACAGACGUUACUAGACCUGGUGGAAAUGUUGAAGAAGGAAGAUGAAGAAGUAGAAGAUAUCUUUGAGUUCUUCAAUAAAAGAGAAGCCGUGGUGACCUCGCUAAAGCUUUCCAUCAAGUACUCAGACGACCUCAACUUACCCAUCUACCUGAAAUACCUACAAAACAACCUGCAACAUUACAACGUGGUACUAAGCUUCCUGUCGGGCGGCGAUUGGUGGAGCGACCUGAGGCAGUUGUACAACACUUCCUAUGCUGACGUAUUCUUUGAUGUCGUGGAACAUAGCCCGGAGAUAGCCAGGGAUGUGUUGACGCAUUUGGAUCAGAUUCAUUUGGUCCGCCUGCUCCGCGCCAUCAACUCGACGGACGCGCUCUGCCUCGACACCCCCCUCUCCUGGCUGGGGGCGGGGGCCGCGGGGGCUGCGGGGGGGCGGCUAGAGGCGCUGCAGACACAGCUGUGCGCGGGGGACGCGGCUAGACACGUGCCCGUGCUGCGGAUUGUGUCCCAGGGCUACGACAACAGCCUAACCAUAUCGCGCGAAAUCAACUACGACUCAAUCUACGCCGACAUCAACACGACAGAGUCCAACCUGCAGCUCAUCCGCACCGGCCCCUCCCCCCCCACCACCCCCGCCUGGGUCACGGAGGACAGUGUCCUGAUGCUGAGGAGCACUGCGAAGAACCUGUUCACGAAGGAGAGUCUGACGAAGCUGUCGUUUGGCGUGCUGGGGAACCUGGUGGACGCGUCGACGCUGUUUUUGAAUAAUAGCCAAUGCAAGCUCUGCUCCAAGCUGACCACGUGGUUCAAACAGCUGAACCUGCAGCUGUUCAAGAAGCAGGACUACGACUCACUCAUGUGUCACGUGGAGGAGAUGAGUCUCGAGGAGGUGUAUCAUACGCUGAAGAACGACUUCCAUUGGGACAUGGCUUUGAAGGAGUUGAUCUCCACUCGCAACUACACAACCCAAGAGCUCAACAAGGCCGUCACAGACCUGCUGGAACAGCUCAAGCUACACGUGCUGGAUGACGUCACGGCUUCCACCACCAAGCUGCAGGGCUGCCUGGCUGGCAAUCUGACUGCUAACGAGUUUAGUAACGCUACUCUAUUCGUGUCAGUCCUCUCACACACAAUCAAAUUGAUCCGCGCCCAGCUGCCACACAUACGAGAGAUCAGCGGAAUGACGGAAGAACCAUUCCUGCAGCAAUUGCACUCAGGCGUGGCACACAACUUGCACGUUAUACAACCCUUGAAGGAGGUCGUGGAAAACAGUAAGCAGUGGAAGGCAAAUGUGAAAAGUGUAAUUAAAGAUUUGGAGCUUGUGAAUGAGAUUGGGGAGUCGCAAGUGGAUUUGUUAGAACUGCAAAAGAUGCCACAAGCAAUAGAUCGUUGGAUGUUAUUGCAAACAAGAAGCUGGGAAAAUAUAUGUAAUGAGUACAACUGUACUCAAUUGAGUCAUUGCUUUAAUGGCAGCAUUGAUAUGGACUCGUUGAAUAAAAAGCUGCCAGCCCUCCAAUCAGAACAGUUCUGGCGGUUCUCCUUCAUAUCUCCGAUGCUACAUCAUACAUCUCGCUUACUCUCCCACAUCUCUCGCUUGCUCGGGGUGGCGAGCUUCGUGGAUGUACCCGGGGUUAUGGAAGGAGAGUUUACUGCGCUUAUAGAUACAGUGCUGCAGAUUUUGCAGGAGGAUGUGUUGGGCGUUAUAUUGUACAGUCUGGAAGGUUUCUGCUUAGAAGUGCACCCGGUGCUGAGUGGGACUCCUUUAGACUUCGACCUGGCGGCCGUGCUGCGCGGGCUGCAGAUCAUACGGGAAUACCGGACGUAUGUCGUGGAGAAUAUGGACCUGAAGUUGCCUAUAUCCCAGCUAUUCCCCGACCCUGACCGCCUGGAGUCAGCUCUGAACCGCGCCGGCGUCAACAACACCAACUUCUGGGCACUCGCGGCGCCCAUGAUACAGGGGGGGUAUAUUGAUUUGAUGCCGCUGCUAAACUCCAAAGACAAGCCGUUCAAGAUAUCCCGCUACAUCUGUUCCCCGGACGCCAUGUCUCAAGUGCUGCUCUUCGGAGACAGGCCGGGCGACGCGGCGGGCGCUCAGGACGCGGUGGUAGACCAGCUGUGCGGUGGCACUAGGCCCGAGCUGCUGCCUACGUUGUUGUACCAUUUGAACUAUACUUAUGUGGUGCAGGAGAUAUCCAAGCUCCUCCUCUCGCAAGUCUACUCGGCCUCCAACUUAACCCAAGAAGAGGGCGCCACUGUGCUGGCCCAGUACCGGGACAUGAUGGCUCUGAUCCCCGUGGUCCAGGAGAAUGUGGGCGAGUUGUCCGGGGUAUUGGGAAAGGAGCCAGUUUUCGCCGCGCUGAGGAAUUUUGAAUCCGUUGGAGGGCUGCUGUCUUCGUCCGACUUCCUGUCAAGCGCCGGCAACAUGCUCUGUGGGACGCCCUUCGCCAGCAACGAGAACCGCUUCUACAAAGCCGUGGUGCAGACCCGGGACUACUCCACGGAGCCCGACCCAGAGCAACUGGAGGUGUUGCCCACCGACUUCUGCCGCUCGCUCUACACGGACAUCCUGUCUAUGAACGGCGGCAAGAUCGUGUGGAGCUUCGUGAAGCCGCUGCUGAUGGGACGCAUCCUGUAUACUCCUGCCAGCCCGGCCGUCUAUAAGAUUGUGGAGAAGGCCAACUCAACCUUCGCGCUAAUGUCCAACCUAACCUCCAUGGUGCACAAGUUCUCCUCUUCCUUCCCGUCGAUCCGCCUGCUGUCGCAGCACGGGGCCGCGCUGGAGGGGCUCCGGGCGCUGGCGACAACCGUGCUAGGGGAGCAGGAGGUGGGCGGUGUGGAUGUGAAGGGGCUGUUUGAUGAGAUUGGCGAUUUGGAGGGUCUCGGCAGUCUCCUCCGGAGGGCGUCCGACCUGCUGCGCUGUCUCAGCCUGGACCGCUUCCACCCCGUGCGGGACGAGGACCAGCUGGCGCGGGACGCCGCCAACCUCACCAGGGUUAAUGAGUUUGCUGCUGGCCUCGUGUUCACGAACAUCGAGGAGCGUGGUGAUAACCCCUUCCGCGUGGAGUACAAGAUACGCAUGGACAUAGAGAGUGUGCCCUCCACCUCGCGACUGAAGAACCAAUUCUGGACGCCCGGCCCUCAAGCCAACUUCCUAGAAGACAUGCGUUACUUCCGCGGCUUCGUUCAAAUACAAGACCUGGUCGACACGGCCAUCAUCCAGCUCGCGUCCAACCGCAGUAGCAGACCGAGGAGACAGGCGGGGGAGGAGGGGGGCGAGGGGGAGCGGCACGGGGUGUAUACGCAGCAGAUCCCGUAUCCGUGUUAUAGGAGGGACUUUUUCCAGUCGUCUCUGUACGAGUCUCAAGCUCUGAUCGUGGUGUUCUUCUUCGCGCUGCUGUUCUCCGUCUCCUCCGCCAUCCGGUUCAUCGUGGCAGAGAAGGAAUCUGGGAAUACUAUGCUGAUGUCCGUCAUGGGCGUGAACCUCACCAACCACACUCUCUCGUGGUUCCUGUCAAGCCUGGCGGAGCUGUGGGCGGCGGCGCUGUGCGUGGCGCUGGUGCUGGCGCUGGGCGGGGUGGCGCCGCGCACGCCGCCCGCCCUGCUGCUGCUGCUGGUGAUGACACACGCUGUAGCUACGCUCGCCUUCUGCUACCUGGUCUCCAAGCUAUUCAACUCGGCGAGCCUGGCGGCGGUGUGCGGCGGGCUCGGCUACAUGGUCACCUUCAUGCCCUUCGUCAUCAUACUGUCAUUGGAAGCCGUGCUCAGUGACGUCAGCAAGAUUAUUACGAGUCUAUCAAUGUCUUCAGCCUUCUGCUACAGCCUACUUCACGUGGCUCGCUACGAGGCGGUGGGCACGGGGGCUCGCUGGGCCGACAUAUGGAAGUCCCCUGAUGGAGAGGACAAUAUGACGAUAGCCUCCAUGGUGGUCAUGAUGCUGGUGGACGCGGGAUUGUAUGUGCUGGUUGGCUGGCUGGUGGAUCGGUUCUUUGGCCCGAAAACCCUGCAAAGCAACAUAACGAAAUGCACAACCACAGACGAGAAGGCCGGAGUCAGUAUCGUGAACAUCAGCAAGAGCUACGGCUCGCGGCUCGCGCUAGACAAUGUCAGUGUGGAGCUGCAACGUGGUCAGGUCACUGCGUUGCUGGGUCACAAUGGUGCUGGGAAGACUACCCUCAUAAAAAUAAUAACGGGCAUGCUGAAGCCCACAAAGGGCCACGUAGUAAUCCGUUCCCUGGCAGCGGAGAGCGGCAGCACACAGCUCGGCGUGUGUCCGCAGACGGACGUGCUGUUUGACAACUUGAAUGCGGAGGAGCAUUUGACUUUGUACGCGCAGUUACAUAGCGGGUUGAGUAGUGAGGAGGUUAGGGGGGAGGUUGAGAGCAUGCUAUCAAUCCUGUCGUUCAAGAAGCUGUCGCACAAGCCGGCGUGGGCGCUCUCCGGCGGGCUGCGGCGGCGGCUGUGCGUGGCGCUCGCCUUCAUAGCCAAGCCCCCGCUCGUCAUCCUCGACGAGCCUAGUGCCGGAGUAGACCCCCCGCAUCGACGAGACAUCUGGGACCUGAUAGUAAAGUUAAAAGAGGACCGCACGGUGCUGCUGACCACACACCACCUGGACGAGGCCGAGUUGUUAAGUGAUCAGGUUGUCAUCAUGCACAAGGGCCAAAUCCACACAGUGGGCUCACCGCUCGAAAUCAAGCGAAGCAUGGGCAACGGCUACACUCUAUCUGUCAUCUACCCCACGGUGCCUGAAGACUCCUGGCCCGAAGACGGCAUGGAGGGCCACGCCAAGGCUCUGUUCUCUGCCGUGAAGGAAGUGGUUAAGAAUGCUCAGCUGGUGGAUAUGAGUGAUAAGGAGGUGGAGAUUAAUUUGCCGUUCUUUGACGUUGACGGGCUUAAUAAUGAUUUCCUAGCCCUAUCCCUGGCCCUGGAGUCCCGUCAACCCUCGCUGGGCUUCUCCCGCUUCACGCUGGACUGCAGCAGCCUCGAGCAGGUGCUGUUCAACAUCUGCAGCCGCGCGGGGGGCGAGGGGGGCGAGGGGGGCGAGGGGAGAGGGGAGGGGAGGUACGGGACCGUGUCGUCCAGUGGGAGUGAUGACACCCCUACCCAAACGGCGUCUACAUCCAGCAUCAAGAACGACAAGGUUCCAUUAGUGCCCAACGAGGGGGCGCUGAGGGGCACACACUACGAACAGUUCAAGGCUCUGUUGUAUAAGAGAUUCAUACAUUACACUAGGAAUAGAUGGCUGCUCUUCCUUCUGCUAGUGCUGCCAUCUCUCUUCGUUACCAUCGCGAUGGCCUUCUCCAUGAUCCGCCCGCCCGCCGACCACGAGGUGGCGCUGAGACUCAGCCCCGACCUCUACCAGGGCUCCACGCAGUUUGUCGUGCCGGAGCCUACAAUAUACUCUUCAGACAUCGACCCGAGCUACGCGGAGAGAGUCAUGAAGAUCAUAGAGGACAGCAAGAUGACCCACCACUGGACUGAAACGGACACCCCGCAAUGCACAUGUACGGACGUGCGACAGGAGUGCACAUAUAGCGAGCCCCCGGGCGCGCCGCCCGCCAUGGUGGUGCUACCCAAUGUGACCACGGCUAAUGAGUGGCUGGUCGCUACCCAAGAGCAGUAUAUACAGAAGAGAUACGCGGGCUACUCCGCCGCACUGACCAACAACCAGACAGUCUUCACGGCGUGGUACAACAACAAGGGAGCUCACGCGCUGCCGGCGGCGCUGAGCGGGGUCAGCGGGGCGCGGAUGCGGGGGGCGGGGGGCGCGGGGGCCGCCAUAGAGACCUCCUCGCACCCGCUGCAGAUCUCGCAAGAGCAGCUCAGCCGGUCCACUCUUCUCCAACACGUGGCUGACGCCGGCAUAGCUGGCAUGUUACUCCUCGCCUACUCCCUGAUCCCGGCCGGGGCUGCCAUAUACCUGGUGCGGGAGAGGACCCGGCGCGAGCAGCGGCUGCAGCUGCUGUGUGGGACCAGCCCCGCCGUGUACUGGGCCAGCGCCGCGCUGUGGGACCAGCUGAUAAUAGUGCUAAACAUCUGCAUCACCGCCUGUGUGUUGCUGUUGUUCGGCUUCCCAGUGUUCGUGUGGCGCGACAACCUCGCCGCCAUCUGUCUACUACUCUUCAUGUUUGGUCUCGCCUGCAACGCUCUGAUCCACGUGUCGCAGCGUCUGUUCUCGGACGCGAGCCUGGCCAACAUGGUGCUGUUCUGCGGGAACGCCUUCCUCGGCCUCAGCGGGCUCGCCAUACUGCUCAUACUGGAUAUUAUAUCUGAGUCUGAGGCCACGGACAACGCGCGCUGGACGCUGCACAAGAUAUUCCUGCUGUCCCCUCAGUUUGCCCUCGGGGACGCGCUCGUCGAGAUCGCCAAGAACACCAUACAGGCCACCGUGCUGGCCCGAUUCGGCAUGGACACAUACGCGAGUCCCCUGUGGGACCCCCUCCUGUCCUACCACUUCACGGCGCUCGCGUUACUCACGAUAGUACUCACUGCGUUCAACUUAGCACUGGAGUACGAUUGCUUUGAGGGGAUUAUUAGUCGUUUCCGCCCCCCCUACUCGCCCCCCACUGGCCCGCUGUCGGCGGCGGCGGCGGCGGAGCGCAGUCGUGUGGCGCGAUUAAACGUGGCUCGGCCGAGCGGCGUCAGGACUAUACAGAAUAUUAAUGCUGGAUUCGAACCCGACGAGAAGCUAUCGAAACCACCUUCAUCAGCCGGCGACGACGUGGCGUACUGCGUGGGCCUAGCGCGGGUAUAUAACGCGGACGACAGGCCCGCGCUGGCGGAUCUUACACUCGGCAUACCGAAGGGACAGUGCACAGCCCUCCUAGGAGAGAACGGCGCAGGCAAAUCAACAACCUUCUCCCUGCUGACCGGGGAGAUACGCGCCUCGGCCGGGCAGGUCUACCUCCACGGCCGCCCCGUGACACCCAGGGACCUCUGCUCCGGAGUUAUCAGCUACUGUCCUCAGAGCGACGCUCUGGACCCGUUACUGACCGUCUAUCAGACGUUGCGGUUUUACUGCAAGCUGCGAGGCAUCACCAAUGAGAGAGAGGUGAUCCCGCGCACAGUAGACAUGUUCUCACUAUCCAAGUACACACACGCUCUGGCCGGCGUGCUCAGCGGAGGCAACAAGAGGAAGCUGAGCGCCGCCGUCGCCUUCAUGGGCCGCGCGCCGCUCGUGCUGCUCGACGAGCCCACCAGCGGCAUGGACCCCGGCUCCCGAGCCCUCAUCACGCGGGUGAUACGGCUCUCUUCCUCGUGGGGCCGCAGCGUGCUACUCAGUACACAUGCGCUGCAAGACGCGGGCCGUGUCGCCGCGCGCGCCGCCGUGCUGCGCCGGGGGCGGCUGGAGGCGCUGUUGGAUGUCGCUACUGAGUUAAACGCCGGCUACGUAGUAACGAUGCGGUCCCGCGACGUGGCCGCCGCGGGGCGCGCGCUCCGGGACCGGAUCCCCCGCGCGAGGGUCGACGGCAGUCGGGUUCAUCUACCCGCUACUAGCACGGUGGACGGCAAAGAAGUUCCCUCUCGUCUGUCGGACGUGCUGCUGGCGCUGGCGCAGCUGCAGGCGGCCGGCCUCGUGGACGACUACACGCUCAACCAGACGCAGCUUGAGGAGACGUUCCUAAACUUCACCGACCGCAAAGACCGAGCCACGGAACACGCGGACCCUUCCCCGCUCAUGAUGAGGAGAAACAGCGAGGAGCUGAGCAGCGUCACCUCACUAUGAGAACUAUUUAACUAAAUACAACGCCAAAAACGAACUUUAUAAAGCCUUAGUAGGUAUAAAAAAAUAUAUUGUUCGGAGAAAUAGAAAGUUAAGGUCCUGUUUCACUAUGUCUUUACAAGAUAUGCUGUCACUGUCUAAAAUAUAAUGCAGAGGGUGACAGCAUGUCUUUUAUCCCACAGUUAGCCAUUAUCCAGACAGUGUUAAACAGGCCCAAAGGCUGCAUUUCCACCAGAGAUGCUAGUAAAACGGAAUACAAUCAUGCAUCAUCUAGUGGAUGACAUCUACUAUCUUCUGGAAGAAAUGCAGUCUCAGAAACACGUAAAAAAUUGUCCUCUGGUGCUAGCUAUAAAUGGCGAAUAAAUGCCAUUUCUACUUACGAAAAUAGUUAUUACAUACUCGUUGAUAAUUAAAAGAAACAUUUUGUGCGUUUUUAGAUUUUUGAUUCACUUUUAAACUUGCCAUGAUGCGGCCAUGACUUAAACUGAUAGAAUAUAUAAUUACAGGUUUUAAAAUAACUAUGUAUUAUUUUAUGUACUUACUUAGAGAUAAGAUAGGUGUUCCAAUUCACCGGAAUUAAAACAGAGUGAAUCUCCUUCGUUACCGUUUUAUAUACUGUAAUGUAAACAAAGCUCAAGGUUUUACUAGAACAACCUUAAGUAAUAUAAUUACCGUUCGUGACAUAUUUAUGUCUUCCACUUUAUUUUAAUGAAAGAUACCAGUAGAUGAAUAAAGUAUUAGUAAAUUAUAUUCUUUCAUCAUCUUUAACUAUAAUAUGAUGAAGUGUGUAUAUCAAAUGAACAGGUACUUAAUUAUAGUGCAAUUUUUACGAUAUUUAAGAACGAAUACUAUUAGGUUUUUCAUACAGGAUGCUUUUAGUAGUCUUGUUAUGAAAUAUUGACAUUUUAGUUUUAAUAUUUUAGAACGGAUUUUAGAGCUCCACUAACUAUAUGUGGUCUGUGAUAUUACUAUUGAUAUUUUAAUGUUUUAGGUUAAGUUUGAAUAAAAUACUAAGAAUGGUUUAUGGAA